CAGUGGAACGCACUAAAGUAUGAAGUCAUAGCAUACUCCGCCCGACAUGUGGAACGCGGUCCUAGAUGAGCUAAGCUUUCUGGAAACCAUAAACUCUUGUUAUGUGAAUUUGACCAUUCCGUAGCUUACAGUUUAUUCCCCGACUCAAAGAACAGCUUGUUGCUUAUGGCUGUACUCAUAUAACCCGACUAAGUAAGUACUAGUAUGUGCCGAAACGACCCCAAAGAGUCAGGCAAAUCAACAUUUGUAUCCAGUAUCUAAAUCGCGGGGUGCCUUUGACAGGCACUCCUACGUGUAUUCCCGGAGCUAGACACCACGAUGGCUUCACUCGCGAGGCACGGACGCGCCUUUGCACGAGUCACUGGUCAGGCACGGACACAGAUCUCGAAUCCCACGAGAAUCUUUCCCAUACAGCGAACAGAGCAAAGGCUCCCUGUUUCGAGGAUAACAACUUUCACACUUCGGCGCGCGCAGCCCACCCGACCUUUCUCGCAGACCUCCCGCCGACAAUGGCAGGGCCACGACCCCGAAGAACAACUACGCAAGGCGAAGCCCAUUUUCACGAACAACGGCUUUCGGCGCUUCGUCCGCUCCCCUUCGACGCACACCGUCAUCGUCCUCUCAAUGCUCGGCGCGGUAACAUUCUACUUCAUGAACCUACAAACCGUGCCAGUCAGCGGCCGGAAGCGAUUCAACUGCUAUAGCCCCGGCACUGUUGAGGCUGUGUCGGGAGAGCAGUACAAGCGCAUCAUCUACGACGUCGAGCGGCAGGGCGGGCGGUUCCUAAGCGACUGGGACCCGCGGACACAAAUGGUGAAGAGAGUUAUGCGCCGACUGAUACCGGUGUCGGGCAUGGAAGACAGUGCCUGGGAGGUGCGUGUUAUCGACGACCCGAGCCAGGCGAAUGCUUUUGUGUUGCCUGGCGGGAAGGUGUUCGUAUUCAGCGGCAUCAUACCCAUCGCAAAAACCGAAGACGGCCUGGCCGCAGUGCUGGGACACGAGAUUGCGCACAAUCUUGCGGAACACAUUGGGGAGCGGAUGAGUGGGCAAAUCGGUGUGAAUAUCCUGCUCGGCAGCGUGGUGCUUCUCACCGCUCUGUGGGGAGGUGCGCUGUUGGGAACACAACUUUUCGGAGGAACGCUACUCGACCUCUUGUUCUCGAGGCCUAUGGGGCGAAGGCAGGAAUCCGAAGCAGAUUAUAUUGGGCUUAUGAUGAUGGCGGAGGCCUGCUACAAUCCGGAAGCGGCGCUCUCGUUCUGGCAGAGAAUGGAACAUUAUAGCCAGGGCUCGCCACCAGAGUGGAUGAGUACACAUCCUUCCAAUCACAAUAGAAUAGAGAAGAUCAGAGAGUGGCUGCCGAAGGCCAUGGAGAAGAGAAACGAAAGCGACUGUCAAGGCACUGCUAACUGGGCUGACAUGUUUCGAAUAGCUCUGAGCCAAGGCCAUAGGAUAGAGUAGGGUGUGCUCUCAUGGCCUUUGGUAAAUCAUGCAAGGGGCAAAAUACGAGGCAAACAAGCUCUUGUCAAGGAAGAUCAAGUCACGAAGCGCUUUUCGUUGUGGCAAUCCUUUGCAUGCCUGGUUGGGGGCAAUAAGUAUUGUAGAGAUAUGGCGUAAUCGUGCCGUGCUGGUGUAAUAUGAGAUAAUAUGACAUGUUUAAUAAUAACAAUAUGGAAUGUGUGAACGGUCGAACCGCUCAAAAUUAAACACAAUAUACCUAUUCACAAUAUGCGAUUUCCCAGAUAUCGCGAAGUAGCUUCCGCUGCGCACAGUCAUAAAGCUUGCGGCAGCUUUCAUCUCGGCGCUAAUGUAUGCGCCCGGAGGCCAAUGACGCGGGGAAACCUGAUCCCUGACAUGAGCUGUGCCG